CAGCCAGAUUUGCAGUCCUGCCUCGACUCCUGUGGCAGCAUCCCCGGAUGCAUUGGUGUGUCGUAUACUGCAACAUCCGGCUCGUGCUCUUACAAAAGCAGCGUCCUCAACCGUGUGGGCUCCUCAACUUCAGAUUCAGCCAUCUUGGCAGACUACAUCUGCCCUGGCGCCGAUGGCACCCGAUUAGUGGACUCUUCUGGAUCAGUCUAUGAGAUUCUCUGCAACACAUUCUUCCCUGCGAGCAGCAAUAUUACCUCAAGUUUGGCGACGAGUGACCUAGCAUCUUGCUCUGAAAUAUGCUCGGGUACUAACAGUUGUUCAGGCUUCACAUUCCAGAAUGGAUCAUGUACGCUAGUCAGUAACAGAAACUCGAACGACGGCAUCCUGCAGAUGAACGUAGCCACUGCGAUCUUGAUAGCGAAAAGGGUCGCGCAAGUCGUAUCGAGUGGCAUGGUCCCAUACAGAAGCACAAGUCUAGUUAGAUCCCUGCCG